AUGGCCAUAGCACCCAACAGGUCCAAAUAUGGUUCAAAACCAACCCGCAAGAAUACAACACCAUCAUCGGUACGAUCGGGAAUUGAAAAACUGAAGGAAGAGUCAUGUUCCAAACAUUUGAAUGAUCGUCAUUCCGAGGGCUUUGCAGAAAAGCCUAGCCAACAUUUCCCACUUCCAAAAUUUCCCAAGUCAUACAAACAUGGUCCACAACAUGUCCCAGAUGACCUUUCUCAAGUGGAUGAAUUAUAUGUGUUUGACAUGUACUUUUCAGAUUUGAUUACACAUCUUGCUGAUGAAACGAAGUCUCGGUUUGAAAAAGAAAAUAUUGAAUCCAGUCAUUUCAAUAGCACUAACAUACUGCAAUAUUUAACUGCUCACAUUAGUUUAGGAAUAGUUAAUUAUGAGUCUAUUGCCGAUGCAUGGUCGGAUCCUGAUAGUUCUUAUUAUUUACUUGGGAAUGAAUUUUUACGAAAGGUUUGCUCCAAAGAUUUAUAUAGCCAUUGCAAUAGAUAUUUAUCCGCUGAUAUGGAAUAUGUUCGACAAUUAGUUCCACAAGUAUCUCAAAAAUAUUGGAAUUUAUACCCUAUUGCUUGUAUUGAUGACAAUUUUUAUAGAUGGACUGGUCAAGGAUUUCACAAGCAAAAAAUUGAUAAAAAGACGAACCACACAGGCAUAUUAUCUUGGGAAGUAGUUGACCAGAUGCAUUAUGUAUAUGAUGCAGCGUUCAGUUAUACGAUUGAUCAAUCAGCAAAUCCAAACGAAAAUUUUGGUGACUGUAUGUUGAAAAGAUUAGUGGACAAAAUACCACGCUUCCCAUUUGUAUUCGUGAUUAACGCUGGUUCCCUUGGUAGCCUGGCAACUGCCAAAUACUUGCACUCUCACAAGCACAAGUUUGUCAUUAAUUGUAGAAAUGAUAGACCUACUUUUCUAUGGGCAGCUCUUAAUCGAAAUAUCAAUUUACACACGUAUCAUUUUCUAGGUGCACCCAAAUAUACUGCAAUUAGUCAUUAUUUCAAAAAAAGUGGAUCUGGUAAGAUAACAAUGAGUUUUCUGACUAAUUUGAACCAUAUACUUGAUACUACUCAAAUCACAACAUUUGAAAAGGCACACGGUAAAAAGAAUAUAGAUGCUCCAGCUAUUGUACAAUUUUACAGCAAAAAUCGUGGAUUUGUGAAUGAGCGCAAGGCUAUUGAAAAUAGAUGUCGAAAUAAGGCAAAAGCAGUUCAUGGAUGGAGGGUUGAGCUGGAUACUUGGAUAUAUAUGUUGCUCACAAAUGCUUUUAUAUGGUAUUCUGUUGCAACACAACAACAACAUUCAAAGUAUUCUUUUGGCAAUUUUCUUAAGAAUUUAAUAAGGCAACUUGGAUUAAGGCUCGAAGUUAACAUUGUCCAUAAACGGGAAUAUAUUGCUCCAUCUUUAACCAGUCCCAAAGACACCUUAGAAAUACACUCUAUGUUCAAUACGGGUGACAGCAAGCCUUGUGUCUUGUGUGGCCACAAGACCACUUUUGCUUGCAAAACUUGUAAGGAAAUGACAGGGAAAAUUUUACACUUUUGUGUUGUACAUGACAGACUUUGUUUUAUUCAACACUCCAAUACCAAUUUAUCAAUACACAAACACUAA